GAAGACAUUUUUGUAAGAAAAUACUUGCCAAAGUUGGCUGCUGGAAUAAUUAUUUGCGCGCAACGCUAAAUGCCAACGCGAGGCUUUAUCACUCUCACGUUAACUGCUGCUGAGAACGAGAUGAUUUAACUCAGGAUAAUGUCACUUUGCCCACUCGAUACCCCUUGUCUUUUCUCUGGCGGUUCAAGGAAGUGCCCGAGGCGAAAUUGCACACAGAUAACGGAGACACUGUAUACAUUAAGACUGGAAACAGCGACUGUGGGUCAAACAGAAGGCGCAUGCUGAACUAUGGAGAUGUAUCCUUCGAGGAAACUUCGCACCUUGCUGUCGUUCACAUUUCUCUUGUUUUUUACAGGAGUGCUGGCCCAGAUCCAGAUGCCCCAGAGGACCAUGGAGGUGAUCGAGGGUCAGAAGGUGGUGCUGCAGGCCUGGUAUAGCCCCAGCUCCAGCACUGGCAAGAACACUGUUCUCUGGAACUUUGUGGCCAAUAACACCCAACUGAUCAUCUCAUACACCCCAGACUCGAUCAGUUUUGGCAGCCCCCAGUUCGGGGAGCGCGUGGGCUUCACGGCCACCAUGCCCUCGGCCAACCUGUCCCUGUACAUCAACAACACGCAGGAGUCGGACUCAGGGCGCUACCUCUGCCAGGUCAUCAUCCCCGGGGCCCAGGGCCUGACUGGAGAACUUAGCCUCAAUGUCAAUGUCCCUCCUGCUGUCCCAGAGUGCUCUCUGUCAGGGAAGCCAGUUCUGAAGGGCAACGUCACACUGAGCUGCAAGUCCAAGUCAGGCAAGCCCAUCCCAAUGUACAAGUGGAAGAAGACCAGCCCCCCGUCCGAGGUCUUCUUCUCUCCCAUGCUCAAUGAAAACACGGGCACGCUGAAGCUGAGCAACUUGAGCAGCAGCAUGUCGGGGAAGUAUGUGUGUACGGCCAGCAACACGGCCGGCAAUGACAGCUGCUACAUCAACCUGGAGGUCAUCACCUCGACUAACGCAGGGAUGAUUGCCGGAGCCACGGUGGGUUCUGUGCUGGGCUUCAUAUUCAUCAUCCUCUUCCUCGUCUGCCUCCUGAGGAGAAGGAGAGACUAUGAGGAGGACCGGGCCAACGACAUCAAGUUAGACUCACUUUCACACUAUUGCUGUGUUGCGUGCGUUCAUGUGCCCAAAUGCAUGUCAGCCAGUCUCUCACCCCUUCUCCCUUGCUCCCUCUCUCUCUCUCGCCCCUCUUUUUCCACUCUCUUCAUCCCCAGGGAGGACGCUCAGGCGCCCAAGCGCAUCUCGUGGGCCAAGAGCGGCGGCUCGGGAUCGGACGUGGUCUCCAAGAACGGCACACUCUCCUCCAUUACCACCACUGCCAACAGGCCUCACCAGAGGGAGCCCUCGUCCCAUCACCAGCACCAACCCAACCACCACCUCCAGCAUUAUCCCCAACGCCCUCCCUCCGACACCGCCUCCAUCAUCACAGCCACAGGCAGCGUCUCUGGCUACCGCGCUGGACCACGCCAUGGAGCCUCCACCCACGGCCACGCCCUGCCGGACUACGGCUACAACGUGGCUACAAACCUGCCCCGCGGUCAACCGGCUAAUUCUGCAGCACCCAGUGCCAAUGGUAGCCCCAUGCCCAGAACCAAACACCCCCAGCACCCACAGACCUAUACCCAGCCCCAGGCAGCACCUCCUGCCCCGUGCCCACCACCUCUGCCCACCAUUGUGACAGCGUCCAACAUCUCCCGAAUGGGAGGGGUGCCCAUCAUGGUGCCAGCUCAGAACCAGGCCGGCUCGCUGGUGUAACGCCAGUCUGCCAUGGUGCAGUGUCCCUUUACCCUUCAAUGCUGUACUUACUCACAUAGAUUUUCAAAAGGAAAAUAUUAAACUUCCACUAAGAUAUGUCUAACUCAAGCAUUAAAGCUUGAAUUGGCCCUCGAAGGUGGGGCAUUUGACCCGGUCAAAAUGCAGUGAGAUCAUUAGUAAAACCUUAAAAAAGACAGACUGUGUUGCUGCACGAGGCAGUUUUAUUUAAUGAAGUAUAUGGAAGUACUUUUUUUUUUAAACUCUUUUUAUACUCAAUUUGUAUGCAAAAGAUGAAUAGAUCUGGAUUUCAAACAUCUGUGCAGGAUCUUUUUUUUUUUUUAUUGUACUAUCAAUCAAUGUGUUUUUUACAAAGUUUUCCAAUGCAACUUUUUUAAAGAUUGUAUUAUACUCCUCUAUCUACCAUGUCCUAUGAAGGCCAUUCUAUGACAUCACUUUAAAACGGGGACUUGACAAGAUGUCAUGACACACACUGGUCCAUGUGUGUGUUGCCUGUGUGUUACUGUAAGAACAGUCGAUGCGUGGAUCCCACUGAUGUUUAACUUUUUUAUGUAUUCCCCACAUAUUGUAUAAUCUGUGUAGAUUAGGACCAAAUAAAAUAUAUAUACAGUACAAGUCAAAAGUUUGGACAC